AUACAAUACAAUACAAAUCCUUAUCUGCUCAACCUUCAGAGCGAUCUUCCCCGAUCCAUUACAUAUGAUUUAUGCUCCAUUAGAGUUUAUCAGUGGAGCUUCAACCCCAUGUGAUUAGAUCAAACCGAUCUCUGGUAAAAUGGAUCAAAGAUCCAAUUUUGUAUAUCCAAAUCAAACUGGCUCGAGGAAAUUUGUGUUUGUACUAUGUAUAUCGUUCGCUUUGAUCAUGCUUUUCCAGUUUCUUGAGCUUCCACAUCAUACUAUGAUGUCUUCUUUCCUUUCUGCCAAGAAACUCUUACCCUUUUCUGGCAAAAGUUUCUUCCUUUCCAAGAACAGCCCAUCAUCAUCUGCUAAUGAUACCACGAAAAAUGAUGGCUUUUCUUUGUUUCAUGAUCAAAAUGUGAGCUCAAUUUCCCCCGCAGUUUAUGUGAAUCACAGCGGGUUAUCAUCGGCUCCGGGUGGAGACUCCCAAACAGUGGUUGUUACAAUAUCUGAGAUGAACAAUCUGUUGCUGCAGAGUUAUUCUUCCCCGCAUUCAUCGCAGCAGCUAACAAAGCCACACUCACAAGUUGACAUUGAGCUGUUUCGGAUAAAAGAAGAGAUUAUGAAUGCCCCUGCCGUGCUAAGUGAUGUGGAACUCUACGCGUCUGUGUAUCGGAAUGUUUCAAUGUUCAAAAGGCAUUGCCAAUAACAUCCAUCUGGUUAUUCCUCUAUUUGAUACGGAGUAUAUAUAUUCAUGAUCAUCUACCACUAGUUGUGCUAAAGAUCGGCUAGAUAUGAACGAAUGAAUCCCUAAUAUAUGUAAGUGUGCGUGAUUUGUUUCUGAAAUUGGGAAUUUACUUGAAGGAGCUAUGAACUGAUGGAGGAAAAUCUUAAGGUGUAUAUCUACAAGGAUGGAGAAAAGCCGAUCUUCCAUUCAUCAAUACUUGAAGGAAUAUAUGCAACGGAGGGAUGGUUCUUGAAGCUAUUGGAAGCAAACAAGCAUUUUGUCACGGACAUUCCAACCGAAGCUCACUUGUUUUACUUGCCAUUUAGUUCGCGGCUGCUGGAGCUAACACUAUACGUGCCUCAUUCUCACAGCCGCAACAACCUCAUAGAGUACAUGAAGACGUAUGUGGACACACUCAUAGGAAAGUACCCUUUCUGGAACAGAACUAAUGGAGAAGAUCAUUUUCUAGCUGCUUGCCAUGAUUGGGCUCCAGCCGAAACAAGAGGAAAAAUGGUAAAUUGCAUUAGAGGACUAUGCAAUGCUGAUAUAAGAGCAGGCUUUGUUGUGGGAAAGGAUGUGUCUAUACCAACAACAUAUGUUCACUCAGCUAAGAACCCUACCGAAGACAAUGGUGGCAACCCUUCUUCUUCAGAAAGGUCAAUCUUAGCCUUCUUUGCAGGCCAGAUGCACGGGAGAGUGCGCCCCAUUUUAGUAAAUUACUGGGGAAAAGAUCCCGACAUGAAAAUCACGGGGCCCAUUCAUCACGUGAAAGGCGAUAAGAGCUACAUUGAGUACAUGAAGAGAAGCAAAUACUGCAUAUGCCCGAGGGGUUUCGCGGUCUUUAGUCCCCGGGUGGUGGAGUCCAUCAACUACGGAUGCGUCCCCGUGAUAAUAUCGGACGAUUAUGUCCCUCCCUUUUUUGAGGCUCUAAAUUGGGAGUCGUUUGCGGUUUUCGUUUUGGAGAAGGAGGUUGUGAACUUGAAGAGGAUACUUCUUUCCAUCUCAGAUGAAAAGUAUGUUGAGAUGGAAAGAGGAGUGAGAGAGGUGCAGAAACACUUUGUUUGGCAUGCUGAACCUCUAAAGUAUGAUCAGUUCCAUAUGAUUCUUCAUUCAAUGUGGUACACCAGAGUUUUUCGCACCCAAAACCCCCCCAUGAAUUUCUCUUCUGCAAAUUUAAAAGAUUAACAUAUAUGAUAGUAGCAAGAAUUGUUUCUGUUGUUUUUUGACAACUGUUUUUGAAGACGUCAUAGGAAAGAAGCUAAGUGAGACGGUAU